CACGUGUAUAAAACUCUCCCGCGUUGUACAUCUAUCCGUUAACCCUAAUCUCUCCCUCUCCCUUUCUCUCUCCUCUCUCCUCUCUCCUCUCUCCUCUCGCGCUCUCUCUCUCUCUUCUGCAACUCCUCCAUUGAGGAAGAGAAAGGAGAAGACACAUUCUUUUUUUGAAAGAAAAUAAGAAAAAUAAGGUGAAAAUGGGAAAAUUAUUGUAUGAUUCGUCGGGAGGAGGUGAGUCGUUUAAAACUCCACCUCCGACCGGUCAUUGGAGAGAUCCGCAGGUGACUUCGGUCGAUAGUAUCGAGGUUGUCGAUGUGGUGGACCAGGUCACAUGGGAGAACGUAAGCGGCCUACAGGACCAGCAGAGAAGGCAUCUACAGAGAAUCCACCAGAAGGGCGUGCUGUGGAAGCACCCGGACGGUGAGUCGUCGCCGGCGGCGGCGAAAUCGGUGGUAUUCCGGCUGUCUCACGGCGGAGAUGUGGAUCCUGAUGGGAACUGCCUCUUCACUGCGUCUAAGAAGGCGAUGAGGUGCGAGAUCGAUGCCCGGGAACUCCGGCGGCGGACUGUGAAACGAUUCUUGGAAGAUCUCGGAUCGUUAAGCAGCGUGGAGAGAGAAAGUGCCAACGAUGCGAUUAAGCACAUGUAUUCGCCUGAUCUAAGGUCUGGUUGGGGAAUCCAUGUGAUUCAGGAGGUGAAGUUGUUGGCGAGGAAGGAGGACCGGGAGGGUUUGGAUGCUGCCGUUGGCGAACUGCUUGAUCUUGGAAUGCAGAGAGAAAUGGCAGCAGAGUCUAUUUACAAGGAGAGAUGUAUUGCUGUGGAUGACGGCUCGAGUUGGGCCAAAUACAUGUCUAUCUCUGGUUCUCCUGAUGAUGAAUAUGACAUCAUCUCUUUGCAAUAUACUGAGGAGGGUUUAUUGACUGUAGAUGAGAAUAGAGAAGGUCAUGCUGCCGCUUUUGGAGAUGAUAUAGCCAUUGAAUGUCUUGCCACAGAGUUCAAGCGAGAGAUAUUUGUUGUAAGAAGACAUUGGUCCCUUAGUUCGUUUCUAUUUUCCUUGGUUCUUUCCAUAUGCCCAGUUGCUUGGAAUUCUGACUUUUUAAUGCCUGUUUCUUAUGCCUUUUCCUCAUCUCAAAUCUUUUCUUAUUCAGUUAAGUCCAUUAGUGUAAAAUUAAUGAAAUUAAAAAUGAAAAAGAAAGAGACCCAUAACAAUUACAUCAGAUUUUUUUUUUUGUGCCUGAAUGUAUUCAAAAUGAUUGGAUGUGUGUUUAAUUGGUAUGUCACAACAUAUGUAUUUUUGUACCUUUUACUGUAGGAUGUUACUUUGGUGAUUUGAUUUCAGCAAACAAUCAUGAUUUACGCCAUUAAAGAUGAAUUUGCAGAAAUGUGAAUACAAUCAAUAUCUGUUGUCUGAUUAUUACUUAAAUUUUAUUGUAUGAAAGGUGUUCCAAUUGAUGAUAUUGUAUACAUAUAUAUUCAGAUUACAGUUUUUACAAUUUUAAGCCUCCGUAAGAGCAUUAUACCCCAUUUUUUCAUACCAGCAUUUAAAUUUUUUGUUUUCAUGGUGCUUCUGUUUUAAUUUUUCAAUUGUUUCUUUUGGACUGAUGGUGCUAUUGGUUAUUAAUAGCAUAUAGUAUUUAAUUGUUGCAGAUUGCCACUAAAAGUGUUUGUUACCUGGGAAAACUUUAGUCAUGCAUACUACUUAAACAUCAAUUCCCAAGACAAUCUAAUUGAGCAAGAGAUUAAUAAAUGUGGACAUCUUAACCAUGUAAGGGAAAUGGAGAAUCUGUCAAAUGCGCUUGAUAGGUUUGCCCUGUUGUUUAGUUGGAUUAGAUGCCCAUAGAUACUCUAAUUCACUAUCCUUCCCUAUAUAAUGAUUUAAGUAAAUAAAUUAAAGAAGUCUGACUAAAAUUAAUUUUCUACUCUUUGCACAAUAAUAUUUUUCAUUUGAAGCAAAGUAUUUUUUUUUGUUUAACUUCUUGGAUAUUUACAAGUAAAUUAUUUAUUUUUGAGCUUCUUUGUCUCGAUCCCAUGUUGUACAGGUGCAAGCACAUGGAUCAGAUGCAAUGGUUGAUGAGGAAAAUUGUGUUUUCUUCUUACCACAUCGUCCGAGAGGUCGAAUUUGUGAACCUCCCUUCUUUCUUUUCAUGAAAGGAACAGGUAAGAAAUCUUUUUCAUUAUUGGAUUUUACCAUUGUUCCUCAUGAUGGAAAUUGGAUGCCAAGCUUGGCAUGCGUUUCAUUACCUGUGGAGUGCUGAAAUAGUUUUACAUUUGGUCCAUCAGAUCAGCAAUAGAGGAAUGCUUGUUAGUCAUCACUAGGCGAAUCUGUUUGUUCUUCUAUUAUCUUCAGUUUUGCUGUUUUCUUUAUUAGUGCUAGAUUUUGGGUUUUGAAGAUCUUCUAAUCAUGCAGGCUGGAGUGGUGCUGGAGCGGAUCACUAUGAGCCCCUGAUUGCUCAUCCUUCUUCAGCCGUAUCCCAGGAGAAAGUUGCUUGGGUACUCUGAAGCUAUGGGUUUUGCAGUUUGGUGACUAUUUCCCCCCCGUGUCUGGCAUGCAAUCCAGUUUUUGGAGACGAAGAGAAUUUCGUGGCACUGCACUCCAUUUUUCUGUUAACAAUAUCUAGAUUAGGUGACUUCAGUCUAACUUGCAGGUUUCUGUGCCUGCCUUUGAGCAACCCUUGAAGUUUUUGUAUUUGCAAUGGUUUUUUACCGGCUUCUGCUGUUGUCUUUGUUGAGUUUCUUGACAUUUUGUCCGAGUUGGAAUAGUAUACCAUUUGUUGUAUCUUUUGCUAGAUCUUGUCCGAGCUGGAAUAGCAUACCAUUCGUUGUAUCUUGUGCUAGAUUUUGUCCGAACUGGAAUUGUUUAUACCAUUUGUUGAACAAAAUUUCUGUUA